CUAAGUGAGACGCUUCAACUCACAACAUUUUCUGUUUCUAGCCGACAAGUUGAUGUCCGAGUGCGGCGUUUUUAAAAGACUGCAAGCUGUAACUUUGAACGGACGAAAUAACACAGCUUUCUUAACUCAAUAUGGACGAACUAAGGCAUCAAGUUAUGAUAAAUCAGUUUGUUCUUACAGCCGGAUGUGCGGCAGAUCAAGCAAAACAGCUUCUACAAGCUUCACAUUGGCAGUUUGAGACUGCACUCAGUACUUUUUUCCAAGAGGCUAAUAUUCCUUACAGCCAUCAAAUGAUGUGCACUCCAGCCAACACACCAGCGACACCCCCCAACUUCCCAGAUGCCCUAGCCAUGUUUUCUCAUCUCAAAGCCUCGGAGAGCUUCAGCAACAGCAGUCCCAUCUCUCCUAUGGCAACAUCACCAGCUCCUCACACCAACUGGGCCAUGAGCCCUCCGGCGACCCCUGGCCUGCCGGGCCGAUGGACUCCGGGUCAGCUCGUGCCGCAGACGGUCUCUCCAAGCUGGCCCGCAGCUGUGACUCAGCAAGCCUCCGCUGAGCAUACUAUUAUUGUCAUGGAGGCAGAGCGAUAAGAGACUGCUUUAACUAGCCAUCACACCAUACAGGAAGAGGAGGAUGGACCUUCCUCUGGAGGAUUUCGGCAGUUGUGGAUGUAAAACUGAAUUGAAGUGAGCGGUAUGGGAGAUCGGUUGUGGUGGAACAGCAUGUGUCGUCCUCUCUGAGGUCACUGGAGAUCUGGGACUCUUUUACAAAAGCUUUUUUUGGCCAAAAAGAUGGACAGAAAGAGCAAUUAUGUAGCAUAUUCACCUCAGACAAAUGAAUGUGUUAUUAAAUAUUGUUGAUUUCAGCAGUUCUCAAGUAAUAGUGAAUACUCUGUUUGCACUGUUUACUCAGCCUGCAGUGGAUCUACAGUUCAAGGGAUUGUCACUCGCUGUCGUGUCAUUCCAAACCUGUAUGACUUUGUUAAAUCGGACACCAUUGACUUGCUUUUUAUGGACAAAAAGAGUUGAAAUGUUCGCCAAAGUAUCUUCUUUUAUGAUCGACAGAUGAUAACGAUAAAAAUAUCGUUUAAAAAAUACAAAGAAAAUAUCGUUGGAAUCGCUUAAAAAUACAAACAAAAAAAACAUUGUUGGAAUCACUUUCACAAUGCUAAUUUCCAGUUGAUGAAUGAUUAAAACAUUGACAGCCAAUCAGAAUCCAGUCUGCUCGAGCUUGAGCAUUUAAAGCAUCAGACGGCAAAACUGCAGCGCACGCUUAGAAUAAACAGAGCGAUAUCAUCCGCUGGCGUGGACGCUAAUAUAGCUUAUCCAUUCUUGACGUAAACGGGCCUUUAGAAUGAAAAGUUAGUGAUGACAGAAUGUUUAUUUUUGAGUGGACUGUCCCUUUAAUUGACCGGUUUACUGCAGCCAAUCAUGUGAUAUUAUUAUUGACUGACUUAUGACUCUGUGGUGAAUUGAAUUGG